AUGGAUUCUGUGAAAGUAAUCUCCACAGGUACAAUCCAAGCACCGAGUCACAACAAUGGCAACUCAUCUCAAACAAUCGAGUUAACACCAUGGGAUCUUCAGUUCCUCCAACUAGAAACCAUACAAAAAGGUCUUCUUUUCCACCAACCCACUCUCGCAUCAAACCAAAACCAAAUCAAUCAUUUGAAACAAACUCUUUCAACCACACUCUCCUUCUUCCCUCCCUUAACAGGCCGUCUCAUUAUCACACAACACAACGACCACAACAACAACGCUUCAUGUUCCAUCCUUUGCAACAACGUUGGUGCUCUCUUCGUUCACGCCAUAGCGGAAAACACUACCGUUUCCGACAUCCUUCAACCCAACUACAUACCUCCCAUUGUUCACUCCUUUUUCCCACUUAACGGCGUUAAAAACCACGAAGCCACUUCCCAGCCAAUUCUAGCAGUCCAAGUAACGGAGUUAAGUAACGGAAUCUUCAUUGCUUUCACUAUCAACCACGUUGUUUCAGACGGCAAGUCGUUUUGGCAUUUCGUCAACUCUUGGUCACAAAUCUCAAAAGGUUCUCAGAAAAUAACUAAACUGCCUUCACUUCAACGUUGGUUCCCAAACGACAUUGAACUUCCAAUACGAUUCCCUUUCACUAAAAAAGAAUCACAGAACAGAAGCAGUUCUAAAAAGUUACCAGAAAGAAUCUUUCAUUUCACCAAGGAGAAAAUCGCAGAACUGAAAUCAAAAGCAAACGCUGAAGCCAAAACCCAAACAGAUGAAACUAAAAUAUCUUCCCUUCAAGCGCUACUAUCUCACAUUUGGCGUCGCGUUGUUCGUUGCAAAAAACCAGAUCCACUAGAAGAUAUUCGUUACGUGUUAAGUAUAGGUGCUAGACCUAGAAUGAUUCCGCCGCUGGAAGAUGAUUAUUUUGGAAAUGCUGCGGUGUUUGCUGGUUUGGCGAUGAAAGCCGAGGACAUUCUAGAGGGUGGAAUCGGAAAAGUUGGUUUGGAGAUGAACAAGUUGAUUAUGUUACAUUGUGAUGAGAAAAUAAGGAAUAAUUAUGAGUGUUGGUUGAGAGUGCCGAGGUUGAUAGAGGUUGCUGGUUUGGCAAAUGAUAAUUCAUUGGCAACUAGUAGUUCUCCAAGGUUUGAUGUUUAUGGUAAUGAUUUUGGUUGGGGGAAGCCUGUGGCGGUUAGAAGUGGGGGUGCUAAUAAGAGUAAUGGGAAGAUUACUGUGUUUGCUGGAACUGAAGAAGGUAGUAUUGAUAUUGAAAUUUGUCUUUGUAACGGGAUUUUGGAAGCUUUGGGAAAUGACACUGAGUUUGUGGUUCCUAUUUCUAAGUAA